GGGUCCUUUGUGAUGUGACGUAUCCUUUCUUGCCGGAAGUUCUAUUGAGGAGGCUGUAAGAAUCUAAGAAAGGAAUAUGCUUUCAAUAUUUAAAUCAAUCCCCACGCAUAUGGAUUAUAAAGGCCAGAAACUGUCUGAACAGAUUUUCCAAGGGAUAAUCCUCAUCUCUGCGGUGAUUGGAUUCGUGUAUGGACUAAUCAUUCAACAAUUUGGAUGGACUGUAUACAUAGUCCUGGCAGGAUUUGUUGUCUCAUGCAUUAUGACCCUGCCCCCAUGGCCAAUGUACAGAAGGAAUCCCCUGCCUUGGCAACCUGUUAUACCAGAGAGCAGUGCAGAGUCAAACCCAAAGCCUCAGGAGAGUCUAAAGAAAAAGAAGCAUAAAUAAGUCCUCGUCAUCUGGCUACUGAUACAUCCUUUCACUUAUGAAAUCCUUUUGAUUUAUAUCACAGCCUACAUGUAAUUUUAAAAGAAACCAAUAGUGUUUCAGUUUGAAAUACAUGUGUCAAAUAAAGUGUGUAUGUUGUCAA